GCAUGAAACUCGGAGUGAAUAGUGAAAUCAGCGAAGCGAAAAGUCGGAUUCAAGUUUAAAUAAUUAUUAGUUUAAAAGCAAAUAAGCCAAACGUGUGCCAAAUAUAUUGUCAAGGCUGAAAAACAAAUUAUAUAAGUGUUAUCAGAUGUAAUAUAUAGGGAUUGGGUAAACAAUAUAAAUUAAUAUAAAUAUAUUAAGUUUAAAUGUGAAGAAAUUGUUAAAAAUAUAAGCAAUUCAGUGAGAUAAAUCUAAGGAAAUAUAUCAUACAAAGUGGAAUAGAUCUUUCUCUUUCCCGCUUAACAACCUUUAUAAAAAUGGUUGAAAAGGCCUCUUUGGCCCAACUCAAGAGUCUGGCAUGGGGGCGUCUCUUCAACAUGUUCUACAUAGAACCGGUGGUGUUCAUGCUGCUGUUUUCGCACAUGCUGUCAGGUACUGUGAUGCGGAAUCAGAUGAUCUAUCAGACAUGCACGGUGAUCUUCCAGUAUAAUGAAACCGACUGCCUGCUCUUGGAUAGCAAAAACAUCACCCCAGAGCUACAGGCAAUUGAGACGGAGCUGCAGGCAUAUGUGGCCAAUAUGUUCCUAACCCGCACCCUCUUCGAAAGUAUUGUCCCGGCCAUUUGUGGCUUAUUCGUUGGAUCCUGGUCAGAUCAUUAUGGACGAAAACCCCUCUUGAUCGUGUCCAUGGUUGGCUUUUCCGCUUCUUCUCUGCUUUCCUCUGUCAUUUGCUGGCUCUCCAGCUACUUUAUGGUUAAUCCCUGGUGGUACACAGUGGCGGCCCUGCCACACACUCUGCUCGGCGGAUUGUGUGUCUUUUCGGUGGCAGCUUUCUGCUUUAUAACCGACACAACGGACACGAAAACCAGACCCUACAGAAUGAUAUUUAUGGAGUUGAUACUCUUCGUGGCCCUCACAAGUGGCUCAUUGCUGUCCAGUUUUGUUUACGCAGCCACAAGUGCCGCCUUCGUCAGCAGUCUCUCCUGUGCGAUCCUUAUUUCCGCCACGCUCUUCAUUAUUUUCUUCUUACCCGAAAGCUUGGGAAUGUGUCAGGAUCAGGACGAAACUCCUGAAACGAAAGUGGUUGUAACAAUCUCAGAUGAAAAAGUUAGUGGAACUCCAGCGGAAACUUCAGAGAAACCCGUUGACCCGCCCAAAUGUGAGGAUUCCGAAAAAACUGCAACUGAGGAUAAAAAGGAGGAGACUGGCUUGUUCAGUGUAAGCCACGUGAAGGAUAUGUUCAGCACCUGCUUUAAGAGGAGGGAGCAUAAUGCUCACACCAUCAUUUGGUUGGUAACUUUGUCCGGUUUCCUCUCGAUUUUUGUUGUCGAUGGCGUCAUGACUGUGAUGUAUUUAUUCGUGCGCCAACAGUUCCAUUUCACAGUGCGUGACUAUACUAUUUUCGAGACAGUCAGCCAAUCAGUUCCCAUGUUGGGAGCUCUUCUGGGGGUUCUCAUAUUGAGAAAGCUUUUUGGAAUGUCUGUGGUCUCUUUGGCGCUGCUGUCGCUAUUUUCUGAGAUCCUUAGCAAUGUGGCCAGAGGAUUCGCCCAUCUACCUUGGCACCUCUAUGCAUCCAUGGCAUUGGGCGUCUUUCGGUCCAUCCAUGGCCCCAUGUGCCGUACUAUUGUAUCGAAUAUAGUUCCCUCCUCCGACACUGGUAAACUGUUUGCAAUCGGCAACAUUGUACAGUCAUUCGCCCCCUUUGUCGCCGCUCCUCUCUAUACGGCCAUCUACAAGAGCUCGCUGGCCAACAAUCCUGGAGGCUUUAAUUUCCUCAGCGCCGCCUUCUACGUAAUAGCGUUUGUCCUUAUUGGCUGGGUGAUGCGAAUUAAAUUCAAGCAUCGAAAGUUCUACGCCGAGACGCUCAAGUAGCCAAAGUAAACUGAACUUCCAUCAAUAUUGAUUGUGGCCAGUUGGCCAACUUUUCAGGGCUUUGUUUAUGCCCAAGUCGAAAACUUUGUGUGGACAGCA